CGUCCUCUCGUUGCGGAGGAACCGGCUGGCUCAUCUGCCCUCGGCCGCCGCCCUUCGGCACCUGGGCCACCUGGCCGAGCUCGACCUCAGCCACAACCGCUUGCGCUUCCUGCGCGACGACGGCCAGGCGCUGGCGCUCCUGCGCGGGCUUCGUAAGCUCAACCUCAGCCACAACCAGCUCGGAGCCGAAGGGACGCUGCCGGGUGGGUUGGGCGAGCUACGACAGCUGGAGGAGCUGGAUCUGAGUUUUAACCGCCUCAGCCACCUGCCCACGGAGGCGCUGGCCCACCUGCAGCAGCUCCGUACCCUGGACGUGGACCACAAUCAGCUUUCCGCCUUCCCUGAAGUGCUGCUGGAGCUUGACGCCCUGGAAGAGCUGGACUGCUCAGGCAACCGGCUCCUGCAGUCUCUUCCGGAGGGCAUCGCCUCUCUCCGGCACCUGAAAAUCUUGUGGCUCAGCGGCACAGGCUUGGCGGCCUUGCCUGAGGGCUUGUGCCAGCUAGGCGCCCUUGAAAGCCUCAUGCUGGACGGGAACCGCCUGAGUGCUCUGCCUGCUGGUUUUGGCAGCCUGCAGCGCCUCAAAAUGCUGAACCUCUCAUCCAACCUGCUGGCUGAUUUCCCGGCAGCUGUGCUGGCCCUUCCUGGCUUGGAGGAGCUCUACCUCAGUCGCAACCAGCUUACCCUGCUGCCCGCUGGGCUUUGCCAGCUCUGUCAACUCCGCACGCUCUGGCUGGACAACAAUCGCAUCCGCUACCUGCCUGAUUCCAUAGUUAAGCUUCAUCAGCUGGAAGAACUGGUACUGCAGGGCAACCAGAUCGCCAUCCUUCCGGAGGGGUUUGGCCAACUCAGCCGCGUGAACCUCUGGAAAAUCAAAGACAACCCCUUGAUCCAGCCCCCCUAUGAGGUUUGUAUGAAGGGCAUCCCUUACAUAGCUGCCUACCAGAAAGAACUGGCCCACUCUCAGCCUGCCCUGAAGCCCCGUCUCAAACUAGUCCUCAUGGGCCUGAAAAAUGCAGGCAAAACUCUGCUUAGAAAGUGCCUCAUGGAGGAAGAGGAAGAGGAAGAGGAGCAGGGCGAGUCAUCUUUCAUUCCAGCGAACAAGAAUUCUGAGAGAGCCCAGAGGAGGGGGUGCUUCAUACAGUCCCUGAGAGAUCUGCCCCAGCCUCUGUCUCCAAAAGCACAGCCAAACCAUUGUCCCAUUGUGGAACAGCCAGAGGCUUCCCCUUUGUCUGUUUCACCUCUGAAAUGUUCCUGUUUAGGAUAUAACUCUCCUGAGAAGUGGGAUACGUUGAGCAAGCCCCCCAAAGUUAUGGGUCAGACCCAGACAGGAGGCUCUGCUGUUGAGCAGCAGGAUGAUAUCCCACUGUCCCCAUCAGUUAAAAUACCUAGGGGAACCUGCUUGGGGAGUUACCCCCUGAUGCCUCCAACUCCACAUGUAGCAGGGUUGCCAGGCAGCAGCAAAGGCAUUGAGGUGGCAGACUGGACAGCAGAUGUGGAGAGAGGUCUGACUUUCAUUGUAUAUGAGCUGGCAGGAGACCCAAGUUACGAUGUGAUCCAGCCCUUCUUCCUCUCUCCUGGAGCCCUCUAUGUGUUGGUAGUAAAUCUGAGCACUUACAUGCCUCAGUGUUUUUAUCCUUCUGUGGGACAUUUCCUUCACUGGCUGGGGGCGAAGGUGCCCCAUGCUGUGGUGUGUAUGGUGGGCACCCAUGCAGACCUGUGUCCUGAACGGGAGGUGGAGGAGAAGUGUUUAGACAUCCACCGCCAGAUUGCCUGGCAGGAGAAGUGUGACUAUGAAGGCCUCCAGAUUUUGGCCCAGCAGGUGGAUGAAGCUCUGGGGCAGGAUUUCGAUUUGCGCUGCUCCAGCCCCCAUGUUGCCUUCUAUGGGGUGUCAGACAAGAACUUACGGCGCAAGAAAGCUCAGUUCCAGUAUCUGCUCAACCACCGUCCACAAAUCCUCUCCCCUGUUUUGCCUAUAAACUGCUGGGAUUGUUUCCAAGUCCGCCGAUUGCGAGAGAAGCUCCUUUCGGUGGCAGAGCACAGAGACAUCUUUCCAAAUCUGCACCGGGUACUGCCAAGAUCCUGGCAAGUGCUGGAGGAGCUGCACUUCCAACCUCAGGCUCAACAACUUUGGCUCAGCUGGUGGGACUCCGCUCGACUUGGCCUGCAGGCAGGGCUGACUGAGGAUCGUCUCCAAAGCGCACUUUCCUACUUGCACGAGAGUGGCAAGCUGCUGUAUUUUGAGGAGCACCUGACCCUGCGAGAAUAUGUUUUCCACAAUUUGCCCAGGCUCAUCGACAUUCUCAACGUCUUCUGCCAGCAUGAGGCCUCAGUGUUGCUCCAGAAACUGCUCAGCAGCACCCACAUGGAUGAGAUGAAGGCCACACAGCUCCACCACUAUGUGGAAGGAUUCCUGCUCCACGGUCUUCUCCCUGCUCAUAUUAUUCAUCUGCUUCUCAAGCCCCAUAUCCAAAGCAGAGAGGACUUGCAGCUGCUCCUGGAAUUGUUAGAGAAAAUGGGACUCUGCUACUGUGUCAAUAAGCCCAAAUCCAAACCCUUGAAUGGGGCCACAGCAUGGUACAAGUUCCCCUGCUAUGUGAAGAACGAGAUGCCUCACGCAGAGGCGUGGAUCAAUGGUACUAGUCUGGGUGGGCAGUCUUUUGUGGCAGAACAGCUGCAGAUUGAGUACAGCUUUCCCUUCAUUUUUCCCCCUGGAUUGUUUGCCCGCUACAGUGUUCAGAUUAACAGCCAUGUGGUUCAGCGGUCGGACGGGAAAUAUCAGAUCUAUGCGUACAGGGGGAAAGUGCCAGUAGUUGUAAGUUAUAGGCCUGCCAAAGGCACCCAACAACCAGAUACUCUGUCUAUUGCUAGCCAUGCAUCUCUACCAAAUAUAUGGACAGCUUGGCAAGCCAUAACCCCACUAGUGGAAGAACUAAAUGUACUGCUUCAAGAAUGGCCAGGCCUAUACUAUACUGUGCAUGUCCUCUGUUCCAAGUGCCUUAAAAGAGGGUCACCCCACCCGCAUACCUUUCCAGGUAAGAAAUUUUAG